AUGGCAAAAUUUGAUGCCUAUGAACACCUCCACGUCAUCCUCAACUCAGAUGGCUCGCUCACUCGCCUUCUUAACAUUCCGACGCUGCCAGCAACUAGUGAUGAGCAGGCUCCAGGCCAAGCUGUCGUUAGCAAGGACAUCGUUCUUGAUGCUAACAAGAAAACCUGGCUCAGAAUUUUUCGUCCAAACAAACUACCCUCGAAUGACAAAUCCGUGGUGAGGCUUCCUGUCGUAAUUUACUUCCACGGUGGCGGAUGGAUCGAUAUCAAGACUGACGCUGUCAUGGUCCAUGAAAAUUGCAACUUGUUCUCUAGUGAGAUCCCAGCUAUCGUCAUAUCUGUAUCGUAUCGUCUCGCUCCUGAAAGUCGGCUUCCGGCCCAGUAUGAUGACGCGGUUGACGCAAUUCAAUGGCUGAAGAAACAAGCUAUAGAUCAAAAGGGUGAGCAAUGGCUAAGGGACUAUGGAGACUUCUCAAGAUGCUACCUGUAUGGGACUAGCAAUGGUGCUAACAUUGCAUUCAAUGCUGCAUUACGAGCUCUUGAUCUCAAACUACAGCCUCUAAGGUUUGGAGGGCUUAUAAUGAACCAACCCAUGUUUAGUGGGAGAAAUAGAACGAAAUCUGAGCUGCAACAUGCAACGGACGAUAUUUUGCCUUUGCCAGCUCUAGAUCUCAUGUGGGAGCUAGCAUUGCCACCAGGGACGGACCGAGACCAUAGAUAUUCUAAUCCUAUGUUGGAUAAACCUUGUAGAGAGAAAAUUAAAUCUCUGGGAAGGUGUUUGGUGAUUGGUUAUGGCGAUGAUAUCAUGAUUGAUAGGCAACAAGAUUUCGUUCAAAUGUUGGUGUUACAAGGGGUGUCUGUGGAAGCUCAGUUCGAUAACAUUGGAUUUCAUGGAAUAGAUUUGGUAGACUCGAGACGAGCCUCUGCUCUUUUGAGCUUCGUUAAAGAAUUCAUUUGACGAUAUGUAAUAUCUUCCAUUAGUAUUAAUUAAUUGUUUAGCAAUGUAGAAAAUAUUAGUGGUUAUCAAGGAGCUUGAUCAUUUG